AUGGCUUCCCAGCUGCCGGAAUACGGUAAAACCUAUCAAAACGUCUGGAGUUCCAACGAAAAUUGCAGCCUACUGCUAGCACGUCUUAUAAAUGGUACCAUUUCCCCUGAAGAUCCCAUCAUUGAGUGUGGUCCUGUGGAGUAUACGGUGCCACAGGCUGUAGCAUUAGGCAUCCUUCUAGUCUUGCUGACUAUCGGCACAGCUGGUGGUAACCUACUCAUCAUGCUGGCCGUAUUUCUGGUACGUAAAUUGCGUUCCCCAACAAACCUGCUGAUUGUGAAUCUGGCCCUAACAGACUUCCUCGUGAGUAUUCUGGUUAUGCCAUUUGCAACGGCCUACCAGCUGCUGGGCUACUGGCCCUUCAAUCAGGGCAUCUGUGACCUCUACAACAUAUUCGAUGUUCUCCUCUGCACCUCUUCCAUACUCAGUCUCUGUGCAAUAUCAAUCGAUCGCUACUUGGCAAUCACGCGGCCCCUAAGAUAUGCAUCGAAGCGCAGUCCCAAGCGUAUGCUGUUCAUGAUUCUCAUCACUUGGCUGCUCUCUGCGGCAAUCAGCAUUCCUCCGGUGUUUGGCUGGGAGAAGAAGAUUAGCCCCUAUUACUGUGGCUACAGUGAUGAUCUGAGCUACCAAUUAUAUGCAACCUUCACCGCUUUCUACAUUCCCCUGGUUGUCAUGCUGGUUCUCUACGGAAAGAUCUUCCUCCUGGCCAAACAAAUGGCUCUGGUGGAUGCGCAGAAAGCGGGAGCUGUGGGUCCACGCUCGCCCUCCUUUGUAGCUCGCUCCUCAGACUCUGAAGGA